AUGGCAGAGAGGGGGCAGGGCCUGGAGAACCGGAGGGGGAUUGGAGCCCGCCCCCUACCCCAGCACCUCACAGCCUCGGGUCCUCUCCCGCAGCAGACAGAUGAGGCGGCGCAGACAGACAGCCAGACGCUGCACCCCUCCGACCCCACAGAGAAGCAGCAGCCCAAGCGGCUACACGUCUCCAACAUCCCCUUCCGGUUCAGGGACCCCGACCUGCGGCAAAUGUUCGGGCAAUUUGGAAAAAUUUUAGACGUGGAGAUCAUUUUUAACGAGCGGGGCUCCAAGGGCUUUGGGUUUGUAACUUUUGAAACUAGCUCAGAUGCUGACCGAGCCCGGGAGAAGCUGAAUGGGACCAUCGUAGAGGGACGGAAAAUUGAGGUCAAUAAUGCCACGGCCCGUGUCAUGACCAACAAGAAGACAGUGAACCCCUACACCAACGGCUGGAAGUUAAACCCCGUGGUAGGCGCAGUCUACGGGCCUGAAUUCUAUGCAGUGACGGGAUUCCCCUACCCCACCACGGGCACAGCGGUUGCCUACCGGGGCGCGCACCUACGGGGCCGGGGCCGGGCCGUGUAUAACACCUUUCGGGCUGCGCCGCCGCCGCCCCCCAUCCCGACUUAUGGAGCGGCACUGGAGCAAACGCUUGUUAAAAUGCCGGUCCCGUGGGCGGGGCUGGCCCCGUGCCCCCUCCCCCAGCAGACGCCAGAGCCGGCCUACCCCACCUCUCCAGCGUUCCCACCACUUUCUUGUCCGUUUGCUUCCAGGGUCGUAUAUCAGGAUGGAUUUUAUGGUGCUGAGAUUUAUGGAGGUUAUGCUGCCUACAGAUAUGCUCAGCCCGCCGCAGCAGCCGCAGCCGCCUACAGCGAUAGUUACGGCAGAGUGUAUGCCGCCGCAGACCCAUAUCAUCACACCGUCGGCCCCGCGGCAACCUACAGCAUCGGAACCAUGUGAAAGCUUCCACCGUUUCCUUCUUGGACCGUGAAGGGCAAACACAAAAAACAAAAAAAA